AUGAAUACAAUGCGGAGGACUCCGUGGAAGAUUACUACACUGUGUAUGGCGUUGCGCAGGGUCCUCGUCCGCAGCCCCCAAGGCUUCGACUAUUCUAGAUUCAAUUCGCUGAGAGCCCUGGUCACCCUCUCCGGCAGCGACCGGCCCAUGCAGACGGCUGCCAGGUACAAGAGCUCACCCCUCCUUUUCUGCCAGGCGCUAAGACUAGGCACCCAGCCACCUCAACAACUCUGGUGA